GUGGGUGCAGUUGGGGUAGGGGGAUCCAGGCUACCCUUCUCCACCAGGUCCCAACCCAGGCCCCAAGGAACCAGUAGUUUUGUGAUUAGUCUUGGUCUCUCGUUGCUAUAGUCCUGAUCCCUGGGUCACUUCCUACCCUGAUUUCCAGUAACCGCAAUCUCACAGCCUCAGCAGUCUCUCCUCCGUCGGUCUCAGCAGUCAGCUCGGUGUUCACCUGGCAGCUUCCUGGUAGGAGCCUGCAAGACACAUCCAGUCUCCUCUGUGGUCAGACCAGACUAACCUGAGCUAUUCCCUUUUACACUCUGGUUCCAGUCUGAGCAUGCCAACCAAGGGCGAGAGGGCAUGGCUUCUUCAGCCCACAGAGUGUGGUUAACCCAUCUGGAACCAAUACAGGAAAACAUUGGAAUCAACACAGUGACCCUUUUCAGACUGGUUGUUUAAUGAUUGGAAGUAUAGGCCAACAUAGAAAAACUGCAAAUAAACAGAUGUUGCUUGCCCUGCUGUCUUGAUUUAGAGAAGUGCUGGCACCCGUGAAGAUGAUUGUGUAGCAGGGUUAAGUGGAGGAUGGCACCUAGACAUAGCAGAGAAAUCCUGUGUUGCUUCUAGCAGGUUUUACUUUGCUGUCUACUCCUGAUUACGUUCUACAUCAGUAGAAAUGGACAGCAGCAGUUUCAUUCAGUUUGAUGUGCCCGAGUACAGCAACACUGUUCUGAGCCAAUUAAAUGAGCUUCGUCUGCAAGGGAAGCUAUGUGAUAUAAUUGUGCAUAUUCAGGGUCAGCCAUUUAGAGCCCAUAAAGCUGUUCUAGCUGCCAGUUCUCCAUAUUUCCGUGAUCAUUCAGCAUUAAGCACCAUGAGUGGCUUAUCAAUAUCCGUUAUUAAAAACCCUAAUGUCUUUGAACAGUUACUUUCAUUUUGUUACACUGGAAGGAUGUCCUUGCAGCUGAAGGAUGUUGUUAGUUUUCUAACUGCAGCUAGCUUUCUACAGAUGCAAUGCGUCAUUGACAAGUGCACACAGAUAUUGGAGAGUAUCCAUUCAAAGAUCAGUGUUGGUGAUGUUGACUCUGUCACUGUUGGUGCUGAAGAGACUCAAGAAAGCCACAAUGGAGUAAAAGAUAGCAGCUACUUUGCCAAUCCUGUUGAAAUAUCUCCUCCUUAUUGCUCUCAGGUGCCACAACCAACAGCGGGUAGUGAUCUAAGGAUGGAAACUACUACAGGGAAGACUUUACGCAGUCGUCUGCACGAAGAAGGGCACUCAGAUCGAGGAAGCAGUGGAAGUGUCUCUGAAUAUGAAAUUCAGAUUGAAGGUGAUCAUGAGCAAGGGGACCUGAUAGUAAGGGAGAGCCAGAUUGCAGAGGUGAAGGUUAAAAUGGAAAAAUCUGACCGGCCAAGUUGUUCUGAUAGCUCCUCACUUGGCGAUGAUGGAUACCAUACUGAGAUGGUUGAUGGAGAGCAAGUGGUUGCAGUAAAUGUAGGCUCCUAUGGAUCUGUAUUACAACAUGUUUAUUCAUUUUCCCAUGCCUCAUCCCAGGCUACUAGCAUGUCAGAAACCUUUGGAAGCCUGAGCAAUUCAAGUCCUUCAAGGUCCAUGCUGAGUUGUUUCAGAGGAGGUCGUGCACGCCAAAAACGGGUAUCCGCUGGUCACUUACAUAGUGAUAUUCAGGGCUUAAUGCAAGGGGCUGAUGGUGAAACCAUAGUGAGUAACCCAGGAUAUGAAAGCAGUCCACGGGAAAGAAAUGCAAGAGGUCACUGGUAUCCAUACAAUGAGAGGUUAAUUUGUAUUUACUGUGGAAAGUCUUUCAACCAGAAAGGGAGCCUUGAUCGACACAUGCGAUUACACAUGGGAAUUACCCCUUUUGUGUGCAAGUUUUGUGGGAAGAAAUACACACGCAAGGACCAACUUGAGUAUCAUAUUCGUGGCCACACGGAUGAUAAACCCUUCCGCUGUGAGAUCUGUGGGAAAUGUUUUCCUUUCCAAGGGACGCUAAAUCAGCAUUUAAGAAAAAAUCACCCUGGGGUAGCAGAAGUAAGAAACAGGAUAGAAUCUCCAGAAAGAACAGAAGCAUUUCUUGAACAGAAAAUAGAUAAUGACACUUCAGCCUCUGAAGCUAUGGAUUCUAGUAUGGAAAUUCACACAGUGUCUAACACACCUGAUUAAAAUACUAAGUUCUAAGUGCAACCCAAACAGAGCACAUUAAUCAAUGCAUUUUUAAAAUUUUUGCUUCUUUAAUAGCCUUCAGUACAGGUAUAUCAGUCUUUUAAUUUUCCUGACCUUUUGGAAAUCUGGUCAAAAUGGUUUCUGAAGGAAGCUAUGUGAUUGUCCAUUGUUUCAAAGGAAGCUAGGUAUUUUUCACUCUUGAAGAUGCUUAAAGUAUAAAGGAUAGAGUAUUCUGGGUGUCCAGAGGGGGAAGUAGGCUAAAAUUGUUCUUUACUGGCUGAUCUGGCAAGACACAAAUUCCAUCAGGGAAGGAUAUUCAAAUAAGACUAGCAGCCCUGCUGGAUACAGUAAGAGGGUAUAUUCUCCAUCAUUGUGCUUCCUAACUUCCAUUCCCAAUAAUGGGGGUUAUGCAGCACUAUGGGGAAAGACUGUUUUCUCAUCAGUCCCCUCCAGGACUUAUCUGUAUAACAAACACUUUCACUUUUCCUAUUCUGGUUGGGGUGAAUGUAAGAGUAUGUCAAAGUUAAUAUAAUGUACAAGGCUUUCAACUCUUAAGUCUCAUCUCUACCUAGGACUUAGGACUUCGCUGGGAUAUUUUUUUCUUUUUUAGAAGAAAGUUACUUGGUUUUCAUUUUAUUAAAAUAUUACUUUGUGUCCAAAAAUGAGCAAAGUGAAUAACCUUGUUUAAGUAUCCUUGCUUUAUAGCAGAUAUGUAAACCAAAUGCCAUAAAUCUAUUAAAUUAUGGUUGAAUCGUUUGGGUUUUUGUUAGUUGUCUAGAGUACAAGCUGGACAACCUGUGGUGCUGACCUUUUUUAUAGAACUUGUAUUGUUAUACUAGCAAACCCAAGAGUAGCAUUGUGGUUUUAAAUGUGUUUUUACUGGCCUCAGAAUCUACCUUCAUUUUGUACUGUAGAAACAUACCAGGUAACUAAAUCUAACUUGAUCAUUCUAAAUGGUUGGCUAAUGCUAGCUGGAAAGGGAUGUUGUAGUUUAAACUACAGUACUUCCAAGCAGUAUUUUAUCUUGUUCCCAGAGAGCUGUUUCAGGUGCACAGUAACUUCCUACUUACAGUUCCAAGUGACGUCUCAGCCCUUGGAAUUUGUACUUUUUUUUUUUUGUAAAAAUAUUAUAUGGGAAUUGCGAGCAAUAUGUCUGUUAUUAUAUAUGUGAGUAUUACAGAGUCACUAUGGCUUCUCCAUUAUUUCAACAGUUAAUGUUUUCUUCAUAAAGAGACCACCAAUAACAAAAACUUUAAGAAUACUCUAAAUCGUUUUGUAUUACCAAAUGUGUUUGUUUUUUGUUUUUUGGUUCUUAUGUGGUGCUAUGUUUACCUUUAUCAACUUAGGUCAGUAUAGUAUAGUAAAUGUGAAACCUAAUGGUAACAGUGAAACAAAAGCAAAAUCUGUUCAAUGAGAUGAUAGCUUCAAAGAGACCUUAAAAACAUGGCUGGCAAACAUUACUGUAUAAAAUUCUACUUGAUUGGCAGAAUUAAGGAAGUACAAUUCUGUUAAUCAUGUUUUUAAAAAUACAAAAGAAUGAAGCUUUAUGUAGAUUUGGGCGUAUAUUUUUUAUUCAGAUUCAUUUUGCAAUGAUUGCUAAUGUUCUUGUGAUUAUGUUAUUAAACUUUUAAAAUUAAAAAAAUGCUCAUUUUUAGGUUACAGGAAAGCAAAAAAGGUAAGUUUGCUGGCUUGUAAUGCUUUUUGGGCUCCUAUAACUCAAAUAACUUUGUGUGGGAUUUUUAAAUAUUUUUCAGGCCCUUAGUCCAUGAGUCCGAGGUAUAUUUGUGCAGUAACUUUUAAAAUACACUAUCUCUUAAUAUUGUGUCAGUACGCAAUAAGGAUUAAUGUUACUAAAUACAGCCGUACACUAUAAACCCCAGCUGCUCCAUAGGAGCAGUUUUAGUUAAAUCGGGUACAUAAUCUGCCUUUUCCUCCUAAAACUGCCUAAAUAAGGGAUUUGUUCCUCCCUGAAGCAACAGAAGAACUCCUGUUUCCAUUAAUGGAAAACGGUUGUGUGCAUCAAGGAGAGGCUAGAUUGCUACAUGUUUACCAUUUAAACACGUGUUGGUGUUUCAGAUAAUAAAUGUUUUUUUCUUACAUAAAUGUUUUUUUUUUUAAGUAAAUGCAAACAAUUGUGUUUUGAUAAAAUUAAGUUUGAGACACCUAGAAAAGCCAAGAAAUGUAGAGUUAAGCUUGAUCCUUUAUCUUAAACUUGUAUUGUGGUGCCUUUGGGUUGGCUUAUUUCCAUAGUAGUGUGAGUUGAGGGGAGUAGGGAAAGGGCUGUUAACUUUGUAUUUCUUGACCUUUGUCAUUGUGUCACAGUCUUAACAUUAUUUAAAUAUAGUUCUUUGUAUCUAUACAUUUAUUCAACUGGUUUGAUUUUACCAAAGAGUGACUUAUCCAAAAUUGUCUCUGACAAAAAUAUACAUCGCUUUGAUUGUACAGGUUCAGGUUCAAAACAUUGCAAUGGGACUGUUAAGGGGCAGGAAAUCAUCACUUUUUCUACAAUAUCAUGAUUCAACAGUUUGCAAGUUCCACUUGCUCCUAUUCAUUUUGGCAUAACAUUUACCCUUUCCACUGCUAGCAGUGUUAAGAAUUAUCAAGCCAUAACACAGUACUGUAAGGUUCAGCAGUGCUUCAAAGGAUGUAUACAUGUAGGCCAGCAUAGAGCAUCUUUGAAUAUUACAUUUAAACUUAUAAAGUGUGUGAAUCUGGUAUAAAAUGAACUUCAGAUCUGGCAGCAGCAAUUAAAUUGUGCCUUGUCACAUGAUGGUUUGCCAGGAUUAACAUUACCAUGAAACAUAAAACAUUAUCCACUUGAAGUUCAUUUUACAAGUUCACCAAGACAAAAUAUGUAGUUAUUUUAAGCAGACUUUGAAAGUACAGAACUUAUUUCUGCGCUAACUUAAAACCGUACAGAACUUACACGUUUCAUUUACAAUAAAUGCAGAAGUCAAUAAAAUAAGUGAUGUGAAGAAAUAUUUGGCAGUAAAAUACAUCAUGAAACCAUAUAAGGCUGGUUCAUAAUUGAGUCUCUUCUUGAUCUACCUUUUGAAUUACAUAGACAAAUGUGAAAACAGUGACAGUGUCCUUUCCUCUAGAUGUUUAACCUAUUAUUACAAACUGUGAAAACAAAGAAUUUUAUACUGUUGCUAGUGAUUGUGGUUUGUUUCAAACAGUUAUUUUAGUUUUCCUAAUCAGUUAUCUUCCAUAUAAUUUCUAUUAAAGUUGUAAAUACAUUUAGAAAAUAGGUUUGUAAAUACCUUAGUGUCUCAGUUUAGCUGUAGUCAACAGAGCCUCAUGAAUGGUUCUGCAUUUUAUUGCAACAUAGCAUAAAGGAUACUGUCUGUUCACUGUUCAUCAGAAUAUACUGUAGGCCUAAAUUUAUAGUUUUUUAAUAUUAUCUUCCCAAGCAUGAGGAAAUGUUUUAUGCUGAAGCCUGCAGUUUAUUUCUAGCCAAAACAGUAAGGCCUGUUAUAACUUUUCUUUGGGUUGAAGUAUGGGAAGAAUAGCAGGAAUACAACCAGGGGCUGGGAAAAGAUUGAGCUUGAAUGAGCUUUACCAUUUUUAAAGUAUCUUAUUCAAAUCUUUUAUUUUAGUUUACUGUGAUUGUUUUUAUUGUCAUUUUCUGAAAGGGUUUCACAUGAAACCAUUGAAAGGGACUCAAAUAUGCAACACCUAAUCUAUUUUCCAAGGGAAAUUUACCCUUGAAUGGUGCUUUUAGACUGGUCAGGGUUAUUUAUUAAAUUUUAUAUUUGAAAGUAUUUGGGAACUGUGUAAAUUCUUUAUAUGAAUCUGUUUAGUUCAUGAAUUGUAAAUUUCAAAUACUCAGUGACUGAACCAGAAGUUCAGUAAAGUCAUUCAAAAUGUUCAAAGUGUAUAACCAUUGUGCAUUUCUUACAUAUCUUUUAACAAGUGCCAGAAUAAUUAUAUUUAAUAUACUUAUAAGCCCAGUGUAUUAUUCACCUAUCCCUACAAUGAAUAUUGACUUAAUUAUGCAAGUUUACAUACAAAUUUUAAGCAGAGUAAGCCUGAGACCAUUCUGUUCCUGUUUGUAUUCAGAGGGUGUGAAGCACUGAUAGCUGAGCAGGCUUGCUUAUAGCUUGUAUAGGCAGCUUACUGCUACAGCAGGUAAAACAAAUUGCUGCCUCCCCAAUUUACGUAUACUAUGAAUUCAACCUCUGGACUCGUAUUGCAAGACUUUGGUUGGAUGUCUGAUUAGAGGUAGAACUCACUACUUCCUUGCACAGUGUUAAUAGUGUUUAUUUCCCUUAACAGAAAAUGGUAUUUUUAAAUAACUUUUAUUAUUUGUAGAGUUGUUUUAUGAUAAAUAUUUGAACAGUUUGAAUGACUUAACUCAGUGUCAUUAUCUUGCAAUAUAAACUGGUAACCUCACAACUCCACACUUCAUCACCAUAUGAAGUAAAUGAAGCUAGCUAAGCUGAUGCUGUAACAACUAAUAACUUGCCAUUAAGGAUUAUUUUAUAGCAUGGAUUUUAAAAUAUUUAUUCAAAUGAUAUUUUACACUUGUAUUCAUUUUGUUUUAGAUUUGUGACAUGUGCUGCUUUAUUUUGUUCUGAAGAAUUUUUGUUUUUUGCUUGUACAUUGCUUUUUUUAUGGUAUAAAUAAUAAGUCAAUGGGAAUUGCUGUUUGUAAAUUAAAAUGCUUCUAGAGCAAA